CCCAUUUGUGGCAAAUAGCAUUCACUCUUUCUUCAUGAGCGAAGAUAAAAGCAAGAGGGAUAUUGGAUACUUAAUUAUAUUUCCAUUUCUACUCUUUCGAAUGCUUCACAAUCAGAUAUGGAUAUCCUUAUCGCGCUACAGAACUGCCAAAGGAGAUAAUCGAAUUGUUGAUAAGACCAUUGAAUUUGAUCAAGUUGACCGAGAAAGAAAUUGGGAUGAUCAAAUCAUACUUAAUGGACUGUUGUUUUAUUACGGAUACAUGAAGUUGGAGCAGUCUCAUCAUAUACCUCUUUGGAGCACUAAUGGCAUCAUUAUGACAGUCUUGCUUCAUAUUGGUCCAGUCGAAUUUCUCUAUUACUGGCUUCACAGAGCUUUACACCACCACUUUCUCUACUCUCGCUACCAUUCCCAUCACCAUUCAUCCAUUGCUACUGAACCCAUUACUUGUAAGUCAUCUUCCAUUUCAACAAUGAAAUUGAUUAAUUUCCAAAAGCAUAAUUUAUAUUACUACCUCUAUUUGUAUUAUAGUAUAACAACAUUCUUUUCAUUUUAGUUUGUUUUUAUAGAAUGACAA